AUGAAUAGAUUAGAUCGCGAGGAAGAACGUCAUGAAGAAGCAAAAUUACGACGUGCACCUCAAGAAAAAGAGGAGAAAGAACCCGAGGCUCUCACCGAAGCUGCUCAAGCUAUGCUGGCAGCCAAGAAGCGUCAUGAGGAAGAGGAAGAGGCUCGAAUGGCCGAAUAUUAUGAGAAGAGACGAAUAGAAAAGGAGGAAGUAGAGGAGGAGCUGAGGGUUCUGAAGGAAAAACAACAAAGACGACGUGAAGAACGCGAGGAAGAGGAACGAGAGUUUGCGGCCAAAAUGCGUGAAGUUGAGGAACGAAAUAGACGAGAAGAGGUUCAUCGAUUCGCUCCAAUUUUGUUCACGUAG